AUGGACAAACUGCUCACCGACCCAGAAUGGGAGAAAGCUCAACGAGGCGAGCUCUACCAUGCAUUUGUCCCCGAGCUGAUUGCUGCUCGAGACCGCUGCAAACAGGCGUGCGAUCGCUUCAAUGCUUCGGGCUAUAAUACCCGUCGAGAGACGGUAAAACUAUGGAGAGAACUCACGCAUGACCCCCGGCCCUUACCACCCGCCGCCAAAACUCAGGAAGAAGACGAUGCCCUCUUCGCCCGUGACCCCUGGGUCUCCGCCCCUAUCCACGCCGACUAUGGCUUCAACAUCUUCCUUGCCGACACCGCCCAGCUCAAUUUCAACUCGACUUUCGUCGACACAUGCCCCAUCCACAUCGGCGCCCGCACCCUCAUCGGUCCCAACUGCAGUUUCUACUCCGGCACGCACCCAUUGGACCCGGCGGUCAGAAACGGCACGAAUGGACCUGAGCUAGGCAAGGAAAUCAACAUCGGCAAAGAUUGCUGGUUAGGUGGGAACGUAAUUGUUUUGCCGGGCGUGACGAUCGGGGAAGGGUCGACGAUCGGUGCUGGGAGUGUGGUGACCAAGGAUAUACCGCCUUUCCAUGUCGCGGCGGGAAAUCCGGCGAAGAUUCUGAGGAAGAUUCCAACCCAGAUGGAUCCUAGCCGUCAAUUGGAGUCAGAAGUAACAGCGGCAAAGAAAAAGGUGAAGGGGGAAGAAGCAACUCAGGGCGCUGAAAGUAUCAUGGCGAAGGCGGUGGAACAAUAG